CCUGAUGGGCCUCUCAGACACUUUCUUGAUUCCACUGAUUGCGGCACUCAUUACAACGAAACAAGACAUGUACAAUCAGUUCCGUGCCUUCAAGUUCUCGCGCAACAUAUUGUCCAAUAUGCGAAUCUCUACGAAAGUGUGGAAUGCCCUGUCUCGUGUCGGUUGCUUAAAGCCUGGAUCAUCGUGCCGUUAGACUGCUGUACAGAUCUGAUGGCACAUUGUAAAUGAGGCUAUGAGAGCCCCCAUAUUUUGCAAGUCGCUUAUGUCCUGUUGACUCAUCGGCGCUGCCAAGGCUUGAUACCAUGUGCAUGCUUCCUUGUCAAUCCUUCAAAACUUUACAGGCACUGCAUUGUUUCGUGACCAGCGUUCAUUUCGAUACAUCCAUCAGCCAUCAUUUUCACGAUGGCUCAUCGUCGGCGUGUCUCUUCAACCUCAUCAGAAUCAGGCUUUUCUUCAGCGUCGUCGCUUAGAACUUUCCCAACUCCUCCAGUAGAGAUAUCCGCUUCCAGCACCGAGCCCUUGAAAGGGGGAAGACAUAAGUGUAAGUUGUCAGGCAGCGAUAAUGACAACAAGACGAAGAGUUCUAAAUGUCUACAAUCGCAAAAACAAGAUAAUGAGGAGCCGAACUACCCAGACCACACCCAGGACCCGGCAGGGAUGCACCUCAGUGGAGUGCAACAAAUCAUCACUGCCAUUUGCGCGACUGAUCUCACUCUUGGCCUCCGACGGAUCCCUGCUGGCUUCCAUGCAGUGAUCAAGGCCGACGGCGUUGAAUACCAGACAAGCAAUAUAUCUGUAAACGUAGACCAGGCUGCCAUCGAAUGGCACGAGCGCAUUCUUUUGCCGUGCGAGCCAUGUUCUAAAGUCCGGGUCAGCGUCUAUGCCUCAUUCGAAUUGGGUCCCAUGCUCUGUCACGGAGAGCUCCUCCGCACGUUCGAGAUCUCGGUCGGAGAAUUACUGGAUCGCAGCGAAAAAUCGCAUCCCAUAAUGUUUCAGCCAAAGCAGCAGGAAACCGUAUCCGCUUGUACUUCACUACUCUUCACAGUGGAGCAGCAACUUUCUGAUCAAACCGAUGCCGCAAUUCUUUGCCCCCCUACUACUCCUACAUACCACAAUAUGGAUGCAUUAGCGCUGGGGACAGAUGCCGGAUAUCGUCUUCUCGCACGAUACCGUAGAACCCAGAACAGCAGGGAUCUCGAGCAAUGCAUAAAACACUUUGAACAUGCCUCAGAUCUCUGCCCCGUGGAUCAUCCCUGCCGCCCUGCAGUGCUGUUCAAUCUCGCCACCGCAAAGUUUGCCAGUUGCCAAGCUGAGGGAAGAUGCCUCGACCUCGACAUCCCUAUCUCUCUGUUUCAAGGAGCCCUCGACUUGCGUCCCACCGGUCAUCCUGAUCGAACGGUCACCCAGCUGCAUCUUGCCGUUGCUCUGCUCUGGCGCUUCGCAAAACGGAGAGUUCAAACGGAUGCUGAUGCAGCCAAAAAGUUACUGGGCGAAGUCGUCGGUGUCUGCCAACCUAACAGCCACAUUUACAGAGCGGCUGCGAUUGCAAUGGAAACAUGCGCUCUACAUUCUGCUAGAGGCAUUAAUGCAAAUGAUCUUGGGCAGGAGUGGCACGCCCCAUCCAUACUUCCGUUAUCGCCGGAUCAACUUGCUAAACAAGCACAGAGGUGUUUGGAGAGAGAUGAACCUAGUGCCUUAGAUGAAGUAAUAUCCCUUCAUGAUGAUGCACUGGGAUACUACAGCACCGGGCAUGCUUGCCGAGGGCACUUGCUAGGUAAUCUAGCUAUGAUGCUACAGACUCGUUUCGAGCGUCGAGGCAAUGACAAAGACUUGGAUCAAGCUAUCGCACUUCAGUCGGAGAUGCUGGCUUUGUGCCCAGUCGGUCACACAGAUCGGUCCCAGUCAUUAAACAACCUCGCGAAUCAUCUCUCCUUCCGCUUUCACCACCGAUCCAACGGCGAAGACUUGGAUGAGGCUAUCACACUUCAGAAGGAAGCGCUGGCUUUGCGCCCGGUCGGUCACACAAAUCGGUUCAUUUCAUUAAACAACCUCGCGAAUCAACUCUCCUUCCGCUUUGACCACCGAGGCAAUGGCGAAGACUUGGAUGAGGCUAUCGCACUUCACAGAGAAGCGCUGGCUUUGCGCCCAGUCGGUCACCCAGAUCGGUCCAUGUCAUUGAACAACCUCGCGAAUCAUCUCUCUUCCCGCUUUGACCAUCGAUCCAACGGCGAAGACUUGGAUGAGGCUAUCACACUUCAGAAGGAAGCGCUGGCUUUGCGCCCGGUUGGUCACACAGAUUGGUCCAUGUUAUUGAACAACCUCGCGACUCAACUCCACUCCCGCUUUCACCACCGAGGCAACGGCGAAGACUUAGACGAGUCACGAGAGAACUUACUCUGUGCAUUGACGUUGUUGAGGCAGCAUGAUCCUCGUCAAUUGAUGGUCCAUGAGUCUAUAGCUAAGGUAUAUCUAUCAUUCCAUCGUUCAGAAUUUCACGGCACCGGCCCUGGCGAAAAUACAGAUAGUCUGAAUGCUGCCAUGCAUCACUUCAAGGCAGCAGCAAAUAUUGUCUCUGCAGGCUUUCUAUCCCGCCUGCGGGCAAGUCUACGUUGGGUGCUCCAUGCUGGUCAACAUCUACAUGGUACUCAACUGGAGGCUUAUGCGACUUCCAUGCAACUUCUGGACGCUUACAUGUCUGUGACGGCCUCCGUAUCAUCUCGUCAUAAUAUCAUGAAGGAAUUCCCAAGUAUAAUUGUCGUGGAUACUGCAUCGUGUGCUCUUCAUAGUGGUGACGUGGGUCGCGCUGUUGAGCUGUUGGAGCAGGGCAGAACUAUCAUCUGGAACCAGAUGACUCGACUCCGCACGCCUCUCGACGGGCUCCAGACUUACGACGAUCAUGCAGUGACUCUGAUGAAGAGAUUCUCAGACCUCAGCUCCCUCCUUGAUAAACCUCCUGCAAGCCAUCCAGAAGGGGCCCCAAAGGUCGAUGUGGAAGCAGAAGCCACCCGGUACAGACGUCUAGUGGAGGACUGGAAUGGAACUGUGGAAGAGAUCAGGAAGAUCGAGGGCUUCUCUCGCUUCCUGCUUCCCCCUUUGUUCUCCGAUCUUCAAGAUGCAGCUCGUGAUGGGCCCAUCAUCAUGCUCAUCGCAAGCAAAUCGUCUUGCGAUGCCAUUAUUAUCCCGCACAAGCAACCUCCCACCAGCAUCCAGCUCCCUACCGAUAUUCAGAAACUCAUCAAAUUAGUAAACACAUUCCAAGAGGCAGUUGACAAAGAGACUGGGCAUCAACAAGCGCUGACGGGAGCUUUGAACGAGUUGUGGAACAAUGUCGUCGGCCCAGUGGUCGAGAAUUUGGGCGGAUUGGUACGACUAGGUUCCCGAAUAUGGUGGUGCCCAACGUCUCUCUUCAGUUUCUUGCCGUUGCAUGCUGCUGGCGAGUACAGAGAGAGGGGAAAGUUUCUUUCGCAGCUGUAUAUCUCUUCAUACACCCCAUCUCUCACCGCGCUGAUCAAGGCUCGCGCAAGUCGUGACAGACCCACGUCGAUGCCCUUCGUCGUCAUUGGUCAGAACUUCCCAGCCGGUGCCUCUUUCACUUUGGAUGCUGUGGAGCCUGAGCUGGAAUUGGUGCGGAAACUUUUGCCUCCUCCCCCAACUGUCUCCUUCUCCAAGAUAACCAGUGUUGAUGCCACGAAAUCGAGAGCAUUGUGCGCAUUGCGCGAAAAUACUUGGUUCCAUCUCGCAUGUCAUGGGACACAGAGAUUUGACGAACCCUUCAAGUCGGCCUUUCUUAUGCGCGACCAGCCUCUUUCGCUCCUCGAUAUUGCACAAAUGGAUCUGUCUCAGCAUCAUUUUGCCUUUCUUUCUGCCUGUGAAACCGCCGUCGGUGACUUCAGUACGCCCGACGAAGUGAUACACCUAGCGGCUGGCCUGCAAUUUGCUGGGGUUAGGAGUGUCGUCGGGACGUUGUGGAAGGUCAACGAUGAUACUGUGCAGCGCUUAGUCAAGGCAUUCUAUGAAAGGUUUUGCAAGGGUGGCACAAUGAAUCCCAAACGAGCUGCCCAAGCGCUGCACGGAGCGGUCCAGUCGUUGGCUAGUGACGUAAACAUACCCUUGGCCCAGCGCAUAGUGUUCGUGCAUAUUGGCAUAUGAUCAAUUUCGUGCGUCCUCCCACCUUGUUGAUGAAAGCAUUCUUGAGACAAUCUGACGACUUGGCAUCUAGUCAUAGCCACGCGCAGCCUAUUGCCAAGGACUUCGAUUUUCGGACUUUGAGAUUGUAUACCUACACGAUAUGUACACCCAAUUUUGAGUUGAAUCUCGUAUUUUCCAGUUUGUUG